CGCAACGUGCGCGCCGGCCCGCCGAGCAUGCGGGGGGCGGAGGAGCCGCAGGUCGGCGACGACAUGUCAGAAGACGAGGAUGGGGUUUUGGAAGGCCUGGAGGAGUUCUACCCCGAAGAGCAGGUGAGCUCCCAGAAGAAGAAGCCAAAGAAGCCAAAGAAGCUGAAGGAGAACAAGGCUUCCAAAGUCAAGCGGAAGAAGAAGGAGGGGGGGCACAACGAAGAAGUCUCCGAGAAUGAGGAGGAACCCGGAGAAAAAUCCGAGAGCGAAGGCAGCGACUAUUCCCCCAACAAAAAGAAGAAGAAGAAACUGAAAGAGAAGAAGGAGAAAAAAGCCAAACGGAAAAAGAAAGAUGAAGAGGAGGAGGAGAAUGAAGACGGAGGCUUAAAGGAGCCCAAGACAUCAGCUCAGCUAAUGGAGGAGUGGGGGCUGGAUGACGUAGACUAUGCUUUCUCCGAAGAGGACUAUCACAUGCUGACCAAUUACAAGGCCUUCAGCCAGUUUCUUAGGCCUCUGGUUGCCAAGAGGAACCCCAAAAUCCCCAUGUCCAAGAUGAUGACCGUCCUGGGAGCCAAAUGGCGAGAGUUCAGCGCCAACAACCCUUUCAAAGGGAGCUCAGCGGCGGCCGCGGCGGCCGCCAUAGCUGCGGCAGUGGAAACCGUGGCCGUUGCUCCGUCGCCACUCCCGCCCAGCCCCCCGCAGCUGCCGCCACCACCGCCGGCCAUCAGGAAAGCCAAGACCAAGGAGGGCAAAGGUCCCGGCGUGCGGAAGAAAAUCAAGAGCACCAAAGACAGCAAGAAGAAGGGGAAGGGGAAGAAGGCCCUGAAAUUCCGCUUCGGGGGGAUCGCCAACAAGAGGAAAAAGGGCUCCUCAAGCGAGGAGGAGGAACGCGAGGAGUCCGACCUGGACAAUGUCAGCAUCAACAGCUGUUCCGUGCGCUCCGAGUCCUCUGCCAGCGUGGCCAAGAGGGGCAAGAAGAGGAAGAAGAAAAAGAGGAUUGAAGAAGGGGAUGGAUACGAGACGGACCACCAGGAUUACUGUGAGGUGUGCCAGCAGGGUGGGGAGAUCAUUCUCUGCGACACGUGUCCCCGGGCCUACCACCUUGUCUGUUUGGACCCGGAGCUCGAGAAGGCGCCGGAGGGCAAAUGGAGCUGCCCGCACUGCGAGAAGGAAGGCAUCCAGUGGGAGCCGAAGGACGAGGAAGAGGAGGAGGAAGAAAUUGGCGAGGAGGAGGACGACCACAUGGAGUUUUGCCGUGUCUGCAAGGACGGAGGGGAGCUCCUUUGCUGUGACACGUGUCCGUCCUCCUACCAUCUGCAUUGCCUGAACCCACCGCUGCCAGAAAUACCAAAUGGUGAAUGGCUCUGUCCCCGUUGUACAUGUCCACCGUUGAAAGGGAAAGUUCAGCGGAUCCUCCACUGGGUUUGGACGGAGCCCCCAGCCCCGCUUGCGGCCGUCAUGACCGCAGCAGAACCCGAGUUGGCAGCCCCUCCCCCCAAGUCUCUGGAAGGGAUCCCCGAGCGAGAAUUCUUUGUGAAAUGGGCCGGGCUCUCUUACUGGCAUUGCGCUUGGGUCAAAGAACUGCAGUUGGAGCUCUACCACACUGUGAUGUACCGCAACUACCAAAGAAAGAACGACAUGGAUGACCCGCCGGCUUUCGACUAUGGCUCUGGCGACGAGGACAGCAAGAUCGAGAAGAGGAAGAACAAAGACCCCCAGUAUGCCAAGAUGGAAGAGAAGUUUUAUCGCUACGGGAUCAAGCCGGAAUGGAUGAUGAUCCAUCGGAUACUCAACCACAGCUUUGACAAGAAGGGAGAGGUUCAUUAUCUGAUCAAGUGGAAAGACUUGUCGUAUGACCAGUGCACCUGGGAGAUGGACGAGAUCGACAUUCCGUACUACGAAAACUUCAAGCAGCUCUACUGGAACCACAGGGAGAUGAUGCUAGGAGAAGAAAACAGCCAGGUCUCCAAACGGCUGAGCAAGAAGGGAAAGAAACCCAACGAUGAGAAAUUGGAGAGGCCUCCGGAGACGCCGCUUGUGGAUCCGACGGUAAAAUUUGAUAAGCAACCCUGGUACAUCGAUACCACUGGUGGAACGCUGCAUCCCUACCAGCUGGAAGGGCUCAACUGGCUGCGGUUUUCCUGGGCGCAGGGAACGGACACGAUCCUCGCCGACGAGAUGGGUCUGGGCAAGACGGUCCAGACCAUUGUGUAUCUUUACUCCCUUUACAAAGAGGGCCACUCCAAAGGUCCGUAUCUGGUCAGCGCUCCCCUUUCCACCAUCAUCAACUGGGAACGGGAGUUCGAGAUGUGGGCGCCCGACUUCUACGUGGUCACGUACACAGGGGACAAGGAGAGCCGGUCAGUGAUCCGCGACAAUGAGUUCUCCUUCGAGGACAAUGCCAUCCGGAGCGGGAGGAAAGUUUUCCGGAUGAAGAAAGAAGCUCAGAUCAAAUUCCACGUCCUGCUCACGUCCUAUGAGCUCAUCACGAUUGACCAGGCCAUCCUGGGCUCCAUCGAAUGGGCGUGUCUGGUAGUGGAUGAGGCCCACCGGCUGAAAAACAACCAGUCCAAAUUCUUUCGGGUACUCAACAGCUACAAAAUCGACUACAAGCUGCUCCUGACUGGGACGCCCCUUCAGAACAACCUUGAGGAGCUCUUCCACCUGCUCAACUUCCUUACGCCGGAGAGGUUCAACAACCUGGAAGGCUUCCUGGAGGAGUUUGCUGACAUCUCCAAGGAAGACCAGAUUAAGAAACUGCACGACCUUUUGGGACCUCACAUGCUCCGCCGGCUGAAGGCCGAUGUCUUCAAAAACAUGCCCGCCAAGACGGAGUUGAUCGUACGGGUGGAGCUCAGCCAGAUGCAAAAGAAGUACUACAAGUUAAUCCUGACGCGGAACUUCGAAGCUCUGAAUUCCAAAGGUGGCGGCAACCAGGUGUCCUUGCUCAAUAUCAUGAUGGAUCUGAAGAAAUGCUGUAACCAUCCGUACCUUUUCCCCGUGGCGGCCGUGGAAGCCCCCGUACUGCCCAACGGCUCCUACGAUGGCAGUUCCCUCGUGAAAUCCUCUGGGAAGCUGAUGCUGCUGCAGAAGAUGCUGAAGAAGCUGCGUGACGGCGGCCACCGGGUCCUCAUCUUCUCCCAGAUGACAAAAAUGCUUGACUUGCUGGAGGAUUUCUUGGAAUACGAGGGUUAUAAAUACGAGCGCAUUGACGGCGGCAUCACCGGAGGACUGAGGCAAGAAGCCAUUGACAGGUUCAACGCUCCCGGAGCCCAGCAGUUCUGUUUCCUGCUCUCCACCCGAGCCGGCGGUUUGGGCAUCAACCUGGCAACGGCAGACACGGUCAUCAUUUACGAUUCCGAUUGGAACCCCCACAAUGACAUCCAGGCUUUCAGCAGGGCCCACCGCAUUGGGCAGAACAAGAAAGUGAUGAUCUACCGCUUCGUGACGCGGGCCUCCGUCGAGGAGCGCAUCACCCAGGUGGCCAAGAGGAAGAUGAUGCUGACGCACCUGGUGGUGCGCCCCGGCCUCGGCUCCAAGUCCGGCUCCAUGACGAAGCAAGAGCUGGACGACAUCCUGAAGUUUGGGACGGAGGAGCUGUUCAAGGACGACGUGGAGGCCAUGGUUUCACAGGCCCAGCGAAUUGGCCUGCCGGAGGCCGUGACGCCGUUCACCGAGGCCCCAGCAUCCAAAGGUGGGACGGCGACCCCCAGCGUGAAGAAAAAGCAUGGCGGCCCUCCCCCAGGCGACAAUAAAGACGUAGAGGACAGCAGCGUGAUCCAUUACGAUGACGCGGCCAUCUCCAAACUCCUGGACCGCAACCAGGACGCCACCGACGACACGGAGCUGCAGAACAUGAACGAGUAUCUCAGCUCUUUUAAAGUGGCCCAGUAUGUUGUGAGAGAAGAAGACGGUGUGGAGGAGGUUGAGCGCGAAAUCAUCAAGCAGGAGGAGAACGUGGACCCUGACUACUGGGAGAAACUGCUCAGGCAUCACUACGAGCAGCAGCAGGAGGACCUGGCCCGCAACCUCGGGAAAGGCAAGCGCGUCCGGAAGCAGGUCAACUACAACGACGCGUCGCAGGAGGACCAAGAGUGGCAGGAUGAGCUGUCGGACAACCAGUCCGAAUACUCCAUUGGCUCCGAAGAUGAGGACGAAGACUUUGAGGAGAGGCCAGAAGGUCAGAGUGGCCGGAGGCAGUCCCGGAGGCAGCUGAAGAGUGACAGGGACAAGCCCCUCCCCCCGCUCUUGGCCAGAGUGGGCGGGAACAUUGAGGUGUUAGGUUUUAACGCCCGGCAGCGCAAGGCUUUCUUGAACGCCAUCAUGCGCUGGGGCAUGCCCCCACAGGACGCCUUCAACUCCCACUGGCUCGUGCGGGAUCUCCGCGGCAAAAGCGAGAAGGAGUUCAGAGCUUACGUGUCGCUGUUCAUGAGGCAUUUGUGUGAGCCCGGAGCAGAUGGUGCAGAGACCUUUGCCGACGGCGUCCCCCGCGAGGGGCUGUCCCGCCAGCAUGUGCUGACACGCAUCGGCGUGAUGUCACUGGUGAGGAAGAAGGUUCAAGAAUUCGAACCCGUCAAUGGGAAGUACAGCACCCCUGACCUAAUUCUGGAAGGGAGCAAGAAAUGCAGCGAAGUUCUGUCUUCGGACCCCAACACUCCUGUUCCGGCCAGCCCAGCACACGGGCAGCUGGGGCCCACAUCACAACCAGACAAGGCGGACGCACAGCCUCCGGGGAUUCCUGAGGAGAAGGAGCAAGCGGAACAGCGGGGGAAAAAGCCCCGGGAGAGCCAGGUGCCGGUGAGCGGAGAGAAGACGGAGCCCAGUGAGAAGGAGGAGGUGGUUGAGAGCCAGGAGAAAACGGGAGAGGAGACCGUUGAAGAGGGCGAGAAGGCAGAAACUCAGCCGGAGCAGACCGUUCAAGACGAAGCCUCCCAGGAGAACGAAAAGCCCAUGGAAAAACUGGAAUUAAAUGCGAGCCCCUGUAAAGGAAGUGGCAAAGAAUCUAAGCCAGAGGAUGACACAAAGGCGGAAGAAAAGGAGCUGGCAGAAGCUCAGCAAAACGGCGAAAAAGAGGACGAGGAGGACGGCAAGAAAGACGACAAGGCCGGGGUCCGAUUUAUGUUCAACAUUGCGGACGGGGGGUUCACAGAGCUUCACACGCUUUGGCAGAACGAGGAGAAGGCGGCCGUCUCCUCGGGGAAGAUCUACGAUAUCUGGCACCGGCGGCACGAUUACUGGCUCCUGGCGGGAAUCGUCACUCACGGCUACGCCCGUUGGCAGGACAUCCAAAAUGACCCCCGUUACGUCAUCCUCAAUGAGCCCUUCAAAUCGGAGAUCCACAAAGGCAACUACCUGGAGAUGAAGAAUAAAUUCCUAGCUCGGAGAUUCAAGUUGCUGGAGCAGGCGUUGGUGAUUGAGGAGCAGCUGCGCAGGGCCGCGUACCUCAACAUGACCCAGGACCCAAAUCACCCGGCUAUGGCCUUGAACGCCCGCCUGGCUGAAGUGGAGUGCCUUGCAGAAAGCCACCAGCACCUCUCCAAAGAAUCUCUGGCUGGGAACAAGCCUGCCAAUGCCGUCCUUCAUAAAGUCCUCAACCAGCUGGAAGAGCUUCUGAGUGACAUGAAGGCCGACGUGACUCGGUUGCCCUCGAUGUUGUCCCGUAUCCCGCCUGUCGCCGCCCGCCUGCAGAUGUCCGAAAGAAGUAUCCUGAGCCGCCUGACAAACCGGGGAAGCGACCCAACCAUCCAGCAGGCCUCCUUUGGCUCCUCCCAGAUCUACAGCAGCAGCUUUGGGCCAAAUUUCCGUGGUGCGGGACCAGGUGGGAUCGUGAACUACAGCCAGAUGCCCCUGGGACCUUACGUGACGGCGACACCCAACGGGCCGCUCCCGAGCCACCCCGAGAAAAAGGUCCCCGAGUCCUUGAAAGACAGCUCAUCCUUUGACUGCAAAGGACGGCACCACGACAUCAUCUGCAUUGAAGAUUAAAGGCUCG